UGAUGGUCAGAUCAAACGAUGAGUGACUUGGAUGAAAGAAAGGCAGCAAUUGCUAGCAAACGCGGAUUUCCAGCUUGUCCAGUCGUUCCCGGGCUUCGGCCAUGCGAGGUGCCGGCGCAAACUUCUAUACGCACUGAAUCGUGACGCCGAGAAAUUUGGAGUGGAGGGUCGCGCGAUGGCUAGCUGCAGAUUGGCGUGGUUGCGAUGGCGCGGCACUUUGCGAUCUGGUCCAGUCCGGGCUCUUCAACGGGCUGACGUGCCGUUUAUUGCUUCUCUCUAUCCGCGUGGUGAAACAGAUUUCUGUACGGAGUACGUCCUCCAGACCCGGAGGUUGAAAAUUGAAUCAUCGUCACCAGCGUUACCAUGAGCUCGGCAGGUAGUUUCAAUGUGAUCUGUCACAGGCCUGGCCAGGCCGCCAAUCGACGCUCAUUCGACAGCAGCUGUCCAGUUGCCCAGAAAGGCCAUCUUCACCCGAUGUGUUGUGCAUGGACAGGGAUCCCUCCCCCUUUUUGGCUUGUGCUGUGCGUUCUGGCAAUCGUGGACACUAUCUUGGGUCACUGGGUGUCCAGGCUCCCCAGGCUCCUCACCCUUGUUUACGUCUCGCCACGGCACUUAAAGCAUAGCAGACGAAUCUACAGUCAAGACCGAGGGAAUUCUAUCGUACUGAACUGGUAUCGGUGCAGCGAUUACGAAGCAGAGGACAAGUUUACCUGGAUCGUACGUAGAACCUCGGGAGGCGGGGUGAGGAUUAGUUUCUGGAACGAGAUUCGUGAUUCGCUCAGCUGCACUGGCCCUGUCGAUCAGCUCUGUAUGUGGAGUGCCCUAAUCUCGGUCCUGUCAAAUGAACAUGAGCGCGCAGUUAUGGAGCAGAUGUUAGGUGCCGGUCUUGCGGAACCGUCAAAACUAAUCGAAAGCAUGAAUGAGCCAUAUCUACGUAGCCAACUUCUGUUUCGUCUGCUGAACCUGCUUCUGUCAGGCAAUGCCAUUCGAGUCGGGCAACUGGGCUUCUUUCUGUGUUUAUGUCGCUGUAAUUACGCAGCACGGACGCUGCAUAGAUCUGGACAGGAAGAUCUUACACAAGCUUCAUAUUACACGUACUAAACGGAGCAAAGCUCCUCAUCUGUCUGCCAACCCUUCGACAAGAGCUUUUCCUGCAUAAUUACGUGCUCAGUGUCGGAAGAGCAGCGGUGACCCAGGUUGAGCGCAAAGACAAGUCCAAUACCUAGUCCAUCUGUCCAUCAUCGCAGGUACUGGGUAAUAUCUAAUUACAUAUGUACAUAGUUGAUGGAUUGAAGUGCCGAGAGGUGGGCCAGAAUCCGACAGACCGACAGGGGGCUCU